UUCACUUUUUCACCUUCCCAAAGAGAGAGGCGCGUGCUUCACACUCACACCUGUCCACACCAAAUUUCAGGGGCUUCCUUUCUUCAACCUCGUUACUUACCGUUACCUACUCAACUCACCCUCCUUUUCUCUCUCCCCAUCUUUUUCUCUCUCCUCGAUUUUUUCAAUACCACCAAAUUCUACCAAUGAUGAUGACGACUCCCGACUGUUUCUCUCUCACAAACCCUAACCCUAAUCCUAAUUUGGUGGGAAUUUCAUUGAAGAACAAGCUUUUGUCGUCGUCUACAAUGGCCUCCUUUUCACUUGCUCCGCCGAAAUCUUCGUUUUCUCUGCGAUUUGAAGCAAUUCACCGUUGCCGGAGAACGUUGAUGGUUUCUGGUGUGUCGGCGUUGCCACCGAAGGGCCUCCCUGGACUUAGCUUAUCGAGUCGCAAUCGGCAUGUGUCUUUCGCUGCGUCCCACGAAGAAUCUUCCUCCGAAGCGGAAAUUGAAACGGAGAAGAAUGAUAUUAACAAAGCUGGUGAAGCGUCCCAGGAAGCUUGGGAGCAAGCUCUGGCCUCUUUUAAAGAGCAAGCCUUAAAGCUACAAAGUGUUUCACAAGAAGCUUAUGAAGUAUAUAUGAAGAAGGCAGUUGUCACACUGAAGGACACCUCCGAGAAAUUGAAGAUUCAAGCUGAUCAGGCAAGGCAAGAUUUAAGUGUUAUGACUAAAGAGUUGAGUGAAGAGAGUAGACAAUAUCUUGCUACAGCAGCAGAGAACUCUCCCGAACCUGUGAAAGAUGUAGUGGAGACCUUUGCUUCUGCUCGUGAUCUAGAUGACGUAUCCAAAGUCCGUGAUUUCUAUAUUGGGAUCCCAUAUGGGACGAUUUUGUCAGCUGGUGGCUUCCUUAACUUUAUGCUAACUGGAAGCAUCUCUUCCAUUAGGUUUGGUGUAAUCCUCGGCGGUAUUCUUUUGGCAUUGAGCGUAUCAAGUCUAAGAUCAUGGAGAAAAGGGGAGUUCAGUGAUACGACCUUGAAAGGGCAGGCAGCAAUAACUACUAUUCUAUUUUUAAGGGACACACGGCUGGUGUUUGAGGGAUUGACAUUUGCUGGACUUCUGAAAGUGAUCAUCAGUGGGGCUGUUGCAGCUUUCUUCAUAUAUAGGAUUACCUAUGACAAUAGACAACCAAAUGUUGAUGGGGAGGCUACAGCUUGAAGCAUGAACGGAAAAAGCUGUCGUUUUAAUUGUCGAACGAGCUCCAUGAAAUGGCGUAUAAAGGCAUAUCCCAGAGUUGAAUUGAAGAUGCUCUGUUGUGUGCAAGAUCUUGAAAGUUCGACUAUAGAAGCACGUCCAUAAAUUUUAUAAUUUGCUGUAUCUCAAUUUAGGUUUGUUCAAAAUGUUAUUAAACGCAGGUCUCUUUUAGCAUGUCAUAAAAUAAGCAGGCUGUUGCCGCCCUUUGCUGGCGCAUGAAGUUUCUUGCAGUUGAUGUUUGCCUAUCCUUGGAACAUAUGCACAUCAUCAGUUUGAAAAGAAAGGUUCUAGUAGGACCUUGUUCAUGAUGUAUUGAGGAUGUGGAAGACAUCUGCAUAGUGUCAGUGUUCUGAAGGUUUCAACUUUUUGGGAAAUGUUGGCUGUCUAAACUAUUAGAUUGGUUUCCAUAUUUAGAAUAAUUGUUUAAAUAUAA